AUGGAACACGAGGUUACUUCAGACUUCGAGGACGAACAACAGUUCUGGAUCGUUCUCGAGGAGACAGUCUCAAAGCAAUGUGACACGCAUGACAGCAUCGACGACACUUUGCGAUCCUACAUAGACCUGAUCGGCUCUUGUCGCGGACGCUUCCUGCCUUCCGACUAUGAUCUCGGCCGAUGCGCCUUGAAGCUCCAAGAGUCGCCGCUGUUCGCUGCCCAUGCCGACUACGUCUGCCGCCAGUUCGUUCAUUGUCUGAUCGAGGAUGACGAGCCGAACGUGGUGCUGGCUGCAACGUCGUUUUUGAUUGCUCAUGCUCGUGCGAACGAGGCAACCUACCAGCUGUUGAACGACGAGGGCGCGUUCCCGCGACUGAUUGAUCUGAUCUCGAGUCCGAAACAACAUGGCCACGAAGGAAUACACAGACUCCUCAUGGAGCUGCUUUAUGACAUGUCGCGCAUCCAGAGGAUCAAGACCGACGACUUGGCCCGCGUCCAUGAUGAAUUUGUCAAGAUGUUGUUUGAGAUCAUCGAGCAGGUCUCGGACGACGUCGAUGACCCCUACCAUUAUCCCACCAUUCGCGUUCUGCUAGUUCUCAAUGAACAGUUCAUGGUCGCCGCCCACGACCCGGUCAGUGGUCAAGCUCCGGCUCCCCUGACAAAUAAAGUGAUCAAGGUGCUUUCUGCUCACGGCAGUGCCUACAAGACCUUUGGCGAGAACAUCAUCCUAUUGCUAAAUCGUGAAGACGAAACGUCUCUGCAGCUCUUGACUCUAAAGCUGCUCUACCUCCUUUUCACCACGCCGCCUACAUAUGAAUACUUCUACACGAACGACCUGCGUGUCCUGGUCGAUAUCUUGAUUCGGAAUCUGCUGGAUCUGCCCGAAGAGGCUUCAUCUCUGCGUCAUACAUACCUUCGAGUCCUGUACCCGCUGCUCGAACAUACCCAGCUCCAGCACCCUCCACACUACAAGAGGGACGAGAUUCGGAAAUUGUUGCUCGUGCUGGGUGGCGGCCAUGUCACAGAUCAAAAUGGCACUCAAGAGGGUCUCCAUCACUGGGGUCAUUUUGACGACGUAGAUGAGACGACGAAACGCCUUGUCAAGCGAUGUGAAGGUGUGAGUUGGCUGACGGACCCGGCGACGGAACCGCCGAUGCAAGCAGAAUCGCCUACAGACGAUGUGGCAUCCGACGCGUCGUCACCGACCUCUCCGACGAAGGCUGUUCCGCCAGCUCUCCCAGCGCCCCGGAAACUCAAGAAGCGAAACUCCACGAAAAAUUCCAUCCUGACCAUUGGUCAGUAUCUGACGCCUCAACUCGAAGGUGCGAGGCAGUCGAGUUUGAGCAUGAUGGCAGUCGCAGCGCAGACGGAGAAGCCAGGAGUCAUUACCCCAAGCAGGAAUCCAAGUCUGAAAAACAACUUGCGCGCGGCGAUAAUGCAGAAGAAGGAGAAGCCUCCGCCGCCUCAGGCGAGACGGUCUGGCGUGAUGAGGAUGAAGGCCCAGAGAAUGGAGAGUGACACGGAAAUUGCGACCGCCGAAAUACUAGAGAACGAACCGGUCACAACGAGACCUGGGAACGAACCGGCGACCACGAAAACUGAAAAUGGACAGGCAACAACGAAGCCUGAGGCUGAUGACAGUCCCCAAAACCCGCCUCGUCAUCAUCACCACCAUCCUCCUAUACCGUUCCACCACCAUCACCACCGUCACGGCAAGCCCCUAGCUGAUGUUGCAGACAAGGAAAAGGUCAAAGAAAAGGAGAAGCCACCACCGCCGAUCCCGACUCAUCACAGGGGCCUGCCUUUCAGCAAGAAACCUCCACCUGCCCCGAAAGCGAGACGGAGAAAGGGAAGGGAAGGUAGUGGUGACAGCACACGAGAACCUGGGAGAUUCAGCGUAAAUCUCCCCUCUAUAAUCACGACAACAACAUCGGGCAAGAAAAUACCCGAGGACAGUCCAUUUUCACCGGUGGACCAGAUAUUAAGUCCUUCAGAGUCAGACUCCGCGUCGACACUUGAGAGCCGGGCAAAGAUGCCUGUUAGCGAGGCUCUGGAAAAGGCCCAAGUUGGAGCGCUCGAAAAGAUCCAGGAGACAAUGGAGCAAUUCGAGCUCGAAGAGAAGUCGCCAGACGAGGCCGAUGCUGGAAAUAAACCCGCAUUAGCACCCUUGGAAGAAGAUGUAAUCGAAGAGGCCGGCCACGAAAACAUUGCCCAUCCGCCAGUACACGCCGAAAAGCUAGCCAUGUCCCGCGCGCAUUCCCAAGAAGAACUUGACCAACCCUUCCACGACGCAGUCACAAACCAAAUGCUCUCGCCGUCGCCAUCAUAUUUGGCACAAUCGCGAACUCUCUCUUCUGGCGCAACGGGGGAAGACAGUGCCACCCCUUCCGAGUCAAUCACGCCAAUUAUAUCGCAGACCAUACCCACAGUUGUUGGCAUACCUAGCGUCGAGAAAGCGGUGGAGCAUCCUCAAACUGAAAUGCAGAUGCCUAGGAUGGUUCUUACCCCGCCGGCGCAGGAGCCCUCACGGGGUGUCCCGGGGCCACAGUUCGAGAUGGAAAGGAGUCCGUUCCUAACGGAUGAAGAAGUGGAAGAAGAGACAGAUCAGACAGAUGAUGACGAGCUUGACAAGGCCGAUGCACCGUCGAGUAUCUAG